AUGGCUGUGAAUGACGUGAAGCGAGCACACGAGAAGGACGAGGUCGCCUCGGGGUACCAGUCAGUGGGGUCUCCACCGUUGCCUACGGGAAUGCACAUGCCAAUAAACGGAGGCCACCGCAACUACCCGACGGAAGAGAGCGACGACGCACCAAUUGAUAUCGCUGAAGCUGGUGCCAUCCGCCCGCCCAGGGGUGCAUUGCAACGAUUUGUCCGAUACUAUCGCGUUCUGGAGUUUGGCAGCGCCGUCGUUCUGUACCUGCUUGCGCUCGUGUUCGCGGAGAUCGAUGUUCAUGAGCGUCCGAUUCCUGGGAUUAAAGUGCGUUUGAACGCGACGGCCGUGGCAUGGUCACUCGACCCAUCAAUUGACGAAAAAAAGCUGUCGGAAGAAGUGCCGAUGUGGCUUCUGCUAUCGCUGGGAAUCGGGUUACCUGUCGGAACAAACCUCAUUAUGAACUACAUACUCCCAACGUUUAUCCAAGUGCGAGUUAUUGCCCACGAUACCCGUGACUUCCUCCUGAGUCUGUUCCAGUCGAUGGCGCUUGCCACCUUCCUCACGCAAUUUACCAAGAACAUCACCGGCCGCUUUAGACCGAGCUUCUACGAUAUGUGCAAGUGGAACCACGACGUCGUCUGGGAUGGAGUCACCAAUUUGUGCACCGAUGCUGCAGGCGAAAAGGAAGGACGGAAGAGUUUCCCAUCGGGUCAUGCAUCUUUUGCUUGGGCGUCCAUGCUCAUCUUGGCGCUCUACCUGCUGGGCCGAUCGCGUCUUAACUGCGAGAAUCGCAGUAACUCCACACUGCGAGGUGGCAAGAAGUCUCUCAUGCUGUUCGUGUGUUGCUCGCCCGUGUUGCUUGCUGCCUGGAUUUCUAUCACGCGCUGCAUCGACAACUGGCACCACUACAGCGACAUCCUGGCGGGAAGCGUCAUCGGAGCUGUUUCCGCGCUCUUUGCGUUCAACUACAACUACGGAUCGAUCUUCAGCUACGAUUCGGCGGGACUGCCUCUCGAGGAGAUCCAUGAACGUCGCAUGAACAAAGCGAAGGAAGCCACGAGUGAGCACUUUGACAUUCACCCAGCGUGGGCUCACACUUUCGAAUCACGGCCGCCGCUGCUCAAGCACAUGUCGAGCGAGUACAUCGUCGACCUCAGUAGCCGCAGCAUGGAUUCCGUCGACCAUUAA